AACAACGUCCUCCUUAAUCCCGUUUCCCAACGUCUCUCCCAACCCUUUUAUUUUAUUUUUAUUUUUUUUCCAUUUUCUCUACCACAUCGCCUCCAACAUUCAGUUACGCUCUCUCGCCGGAAAACAUGGCUUUCCGACCAGCGUCUCCGGCGAUCUCCACUCCCUGAUCCACCUCCAUCUCAGAUUCCUAUUCCUGUUUGCCGUUGUUCUUUAAAGCUUUGAUUUGGAGAGAAUUGUUCACUCUGGCGGUUGAUUUGUGCGGUGAUUCCAGUGUUUGAAUUCUGAGAUUGAGGGUUUUUUCGUGCAUCGUUUUUAAAGGUGAGAUCCUUCGAUACGAGUAUCAUUUCGGAUUGUUAGGGUUUUUGAUGGUUGUAUUGGCGAUAAAUUUGAAAAGAAAAUUAUUGGUUUGUUUUUUCGUUUUUCUUUGCUCGAAUUUUUUUGAGAUUCAGUGAACUGCUUCGAUCCCUCACUCUGUGUAUCAUUGUAUUAAGCAGAACAAAAAAAAAAAAAAAAGAAGAAAAGGACGAAGAUUGAAAAAACUUUGUUUUUAUUGCCUUCUUUGUUCUUUGCGUUCCAAAAAUUUCAAAUUGCGAUUAAUUUGAUUUUAUAUCUUUUGUUUUUUCUUUCUCCGGUUUUUUAUUUUUAUUUUUUUAAAAAAAAUUGGUUACCAAUGAAUAUCAGAAUUUAUUCGGGAUUCAACGAAUUGCCUCGAUAUAUCUCUAGAACUAUUUUUUUCUCUCUAAGCUCUCUCGACCUGUGUGGCUUCGUAAUUCGUAUUGAGAUUUCAUGAGUACUGUUCAUGUCCUGCAACUCGGAGACAAAAACCUGCCACAUACGGACAUUAUUGGUGAAGAUACCAGUGAAAAAUCCAUCAAAAUUUAGCUUUUUUGUCUCUAGACCUGUUGAAUUUUCUUGAUUAUCGUUCCUGAAUCUUGAAAAAAACUUGAAACAGGUCAAAACAUAGGGAUUACUUUAACUAAAACCCUGAUUGAAAUUAUUUGUUUAUUAAUAUUUUUUUUUCCUGUAACUGUAAAUUUAUGGGGAUGGACAAUGAUUUCCUUUGCACGUGGACCUCCAUGUCUCUUCCCAUAAACCCAGAUACGGUAGCAUCUGCAAUCUCAAAUCUUCUGUUAAUCAAAAAUUUAAAAAUUAUAUACAUGCAAACAAAUCUUGGAAUUUACAUUUUUGCUUUUUUUAAAUACCAAUUUAUCUCUGAAAAACAGUUGACAUAUAACCGCAAACAUAUCUUGUGAAAUUGGAGACGGAGAGGGAGAGAGUUAUUGUAAUGUUGGUUUCACUUUCAUUGAAUUGAAUUUUCAUGAGAAGAAGUUGGGGAAGUAGAGGAAGAAGAAACAGGGUAGGGAUGUGAAAUGCACCCAAAUACAACCCACCCGACCAUGGCACUCCCGUGAGAAGGACAACAAAAAAGAGGGGGUCCAAAAGGGAAAAAAAAGAAUGCUUCCCCUUAUCCUACGCACCCAUUUCCUCCCUUAUCGUACACCCACCUCCCAGUCCACUUCCCCUAGUCUCCUCAAUUUCUGAGGGGACCCUACACUGCAAUUUGCUGGUAACCACCCUCUAGUGAUGACCGUUAUUGCGCGUUCUAGUCCUGACCGGAUUUUUCUGUAACGCACACCACCAGAUGCAUCCCCACUCUCUAGCCUCUUUACCAUGGCGUGAUCUGCUUGGAUUUGGGCAUUCGUUGAUGAAAAAUCAAUACCCAUUUGCAUUGGUGUGUUUUAAUUCUCAAAUUCAUUCCCAAAUCAGAUCUGGAUUUGUAACAGAGAAAAGGAUCUUCUUUUUGAGCCAUUGUUGCCUUCCCAUUACAUGUGGGAUAUGUGAAAGCCUGGCAAUGAGUUUUGUUAUAUGAAAAAAACUAUCAAUGUGGUCUAAUUUGAAUGGUGUGGAUGGAUGUAUGUGAAGCAGAGAAAGCAUUACAGAAGCACACAGCAGUGGAGACCUCAAGACGGCCAUUGGUUCCGGCUGAAAAGUGCAAUGGCGUCACCCGCCGGCCAAAAACGAGAGAAGUUAGUUCUCGGUAUAAAUCGCCUACUCCUCCAUCCACCCCCUCUGGUCCCAGGCGGUGUGGUUCUCCAAACCUCACAAGAACAGUCCCUGUACCCGCCCAAUUGGUGUCAAAGAGAGCCCAAUCUGCUGACAGGAAGCGCCCCCCUACACCACCUUCACCUCCCAGUCCAUCCACACCUGCCCGAGAUUUAACCACAGACAUGCAUUUCUCAUCCAGAAGAAUGAUGAGUGGCCGGUUGCAGGAGAGUUUAUGGCCUUCCACGAUGCGGAGUCUUAGUGUUUCUUUUCAGUCGGAUACCUUUUCCCUUCCCAUUGGUAAACGAGAAAAACCACCACCGGUUACUCAUGCUGCUUAUGACCGAACUUUGAAGCCAUCUUCAAAUGUAGCACAUAAGCCGGUCGAAACGCCUGCAGGUUCACGAAAGCCUACUCCAGAGAGGAAGAGGAGUCCUCUUAAGGGGAAAAAUGGGUCUGAUCAAUCAGAGAAUUCAAAACCAGUUGAAGGUUUACAUGCUCGCUUGAUAGAUCAGCACCGAUGGCCUAGUAGAACAGGUGGAAAGGCAUCUUCCAAUUCUCUAUCUAAAAGCAUGGAUCUCAGUGAUAAAACCAUUAAAACACUACCAUAUUCGGGAAUUGGGGUUUCUAUGCUAAGAAGAAUGCCCAUGUCUGAUGGUGUAAAUAAACCUUUAACAAGGUCUGCUAGUGAUGCGGUGAGACAAUUAUCAUUUGAUGAAAGUGGAAGAGCAGGUUCUGAGGCAAAUUCCAUUGAUGAUAAUCCACUGCGGGUGCCUGGACAAAACAAGUUUGUUUCUUCGAGUUCUUCUGACAGAAUGGCAGCAACAAGUCUUGCAUUGAGAUCUCAGUCUUUGCCUAUCCCUGGAUCACGUCCUGCAUCACCAAAUAAGACCUCGGCAUUAUCAUCCUCCAUUUCUAGAGGUAUGGUCAGUCCUUCUCGGACAAGACCAUCUACCCCUACAAGGCCAUCUACUCCUACAAGGCCAUCUACCCCUACUAGGUCAUCUACACCUACUUCAUCUAGAAGCAUCACCAGUCCAUCUCGAAUAAGGCCAUCCAGUCCUUCUCAUCAAUCCAACAGUUCAACUUCUGUUCUCAGUUUUAUUGCGGAUUUUAGAAAAGGAAAGAAGGGUGCUAACCACAUUGAAGAUGCUCAUCAGCUACGGCUACUAUACAAUAGGAAUUUGCAAUGGCGAUAUGCUAAUGCCAGGGCAGAAGAUGCACUCUAUAUUCAGAAAGACACGGCAGAGAAAACUCUAUACUAUGUAUGGAGCACUACUCUAGAGAUGUGGGUUUCGGUAAUAGCAAAAAGGAUCAAACUCCAACAACUGAGGCUUGAGCUGAAGCUGAACUCAAUUUUGAAUAAUCAAAUGGCCUACCUUGAUGACUGGGCAUUGAUUGAAAGAGAUCAUUCUAAUUCCUUAUCUGGGGCAAUUGAAGAUUUAGAAGCAAGCACUCUCCGUUUGCCAGUUACUGGAGGUGCAAGGGCAGAUAUCGAAACUGUGAAGCUUGCUAUCUGCUCAGCUGUUGAUGUGAUGCAGGCAAUGGGAUCCUCCAUAUGUGCUUUACUCUCAAGGGUGGAGGAAAUGAACUGUCUGGUUUCUGAACUUGCUGAUGUAGCAGCACAGGAGAGAGCAAAACUUGAUGAGUGUGAAGCUCUAUUGGCUUCAACAGCAGCUAUGCAGGUAGAAGAAUACAGCCUUAGGACCCAUCUCACUCAAUUGAAACAAACCUUGGAGGAGGGCGAACACAGAAUCUUGGCAAUGAGAAUGCCUCCAUGACCUUGCAACCCAUCCGGACGCUAAGCUAACCAUUUCCUUCUUUGCCUCUUUGACAGAGACAAAUAUGACACUGCCGACACUGCCUGCCCGGGUCUCAAUGAUUGUAAAUUUGAUUUUAUUUUAUUUCUUCCUUUUUUCCUCAACUGUGGUGGGAAUUUUAUCAUAUUUCAUUCCAUUUUUUCCUUUGUUUCUUGGGCAAAUAGAGCUUUUGGCUCCAUCAUUUUCUACGUGUAAUUUUAUAUCAUAUCACUUAAAUUAAAAGAAAAUUGAAAGGAAGCAAAAGAUUGAAAUUCAAUAUAGAAUCAAACUUGUAUGUGUGGAAACACCA